UAAUGAGUGGUAAAACUCGCUUUUCUUCUCCUUUCCUUUGGCGACACAGUGCUUGCAGGGAUGAGUGCCUCCGCGUGCCUAGUGCCUCUGCUCACCAAGCAGGAACACCUGCUGUGGGCUGAGAGGGUCAAACCACACCUGCCUCACUGUGUUUCGGUGUACAACAACCUGAUACAGCAUGGACAGGGCCUGGUCACUCAUGACACCUUCUACGUACUGCGGGACAGGCCACACUCGGUCACUGUUCUGUGCAGGAAUGAGAUAACCCCACACACACAACACAUCGGAAUAUUCUGCCUGAAGAAGGAAGUUGGCACUGUUGUAGAAGUUCUGAGAUCUUCACCCUUGAUUGACUGGGAGGACACGAACAGGACCCAUCUUCUCCUCCACCACGUUCCUCCCUACGCUGCCGACCCCUUGGUGAGGCUGAUGCAUGAGAAGGGAGUGAAGGUGCGGCUAAUGACUUGCUUCACCUUCACCUAUGACGCUCACCUGGACACGCUCACACUCAGGGUCGCUGCUGGGUUCCGUGUGUGCAUGCUGGGCAGGGCAGGCGUUCGUCACCUCCUGGAGAAUGCCAAUUACGGUGGUAUACCCCUCGACCUCAUGUACAGGAUGGCAGAAGGAGUGCCUUACAUAGGAGUGUACCAGGACCCAACCAGUAAACAGGAGGCAAUAGUAGACCCAGAGAACCUUCCUGUCGCUGGAGACGAGGAGAUACCAAUGGCUUGGAUUUGCUCAGGUCCCCCAGGAGACGUGGCCAAGUUGAUGAUAGACAAGAGGUUCAUGAGACAUGGGUUUGGGAUGCUAUUGACCAUGACAAUAGCAAGGCGACAAGCUGCCCUUCUUGGCUUCAUUCCCCAUGCAUAUGUUGAGACGGACAAUUCUGCCUCUCUAGCGAUGGCAGCUAGGUUGCCAGCCUGGAGCAUGACACAUAAAAGUAUCUGGAUACAAAAAAUUCAUGCGUCUUUAUAGAUGAGUUUUGGAGUGGAGACUGCGGACUUACUAUCUUUAUGGUGGUCCACGAGACUGUAACCUUUCCAUCAGGGACCAAUGGGGAUAAAAUGUGUGUAUGAGUGUGUGGUACUUUUUGUGUUGUCAAGCAACGACUUGUGUGUUCCUGACCUGCUAUAGAGACAGAUUUUUAUUUAUUUUUUUCCAUAUAAUGAGACUGGCCGAGGGGAAAUGACGCAUGAAGCUGUCUAAAUCAAGGUGGUUCAGGAGGCUUAGUUACGCUAUGGGUAGUCUCACGAUGCAGAGUCUUGCUGUGCCCCCCAUGGUGUCUCCCAUAUCAGGGUAGUGGCACCGCCUCUUUGAAUAACUAGACAAGUUGGUAAUACAUAUACUGAUGAAAAAAUAGGAAGUAGUGUUAGAAACAUCAUACUCUUGAAUGUGUUUACAAUAACAUGUGGGUAAGGCAACAAACAUUUAAAUAACACCUUUAAUAUACGUAAGACUAAAGUACACAUAGCAUAAUUGUUAACUAUAAUCCGAAAUUGUAGUCCGAAAGUUUGUCUUUUGCCUGCGAGUAAUGAUGCGUGAGAUGAAUGAAAUCUGCCACACGUACGAGCACAACAGCAGCGGCAGAAUUGUAAGUGUGAUCUUUGUCCAUUAUCUUCCUUAUAUUGUAGUUCUUUAUGGCCAUCAGUACAUGGACCUGUCCCUCUCUCACCCCCCAACAGAGAGAGCCCCCCCAGUUUUUGCACCCCUCGUUCCGCCACGGUAAAUAGAAGACUAAGUACUCAAGACCAACAGUUAGAUUGUUUCACUAGUGGGUAUGUCACUGGAGGAUCUUUUAUGUAUGGCUUUGUUUUCUGCAAGUGUAAUAAUAAGGACCAUAUUCUGAAACACUCCUGUGCCUCACUUCCAUUACGUUCAUAAGGCUCUACUUAAAGUUACACGUGUUUUUAAGGAUGUUUUUUGUGGUUAUAGUGACAUAUUAACAAAAUUUCUACACUACUAACACGGUAAACACUUGAGAAGAAAGCUAAUCAUCCGUGUGGCCUCUGAAAAUUGUCGGGGCGAGGGAGCUGAGCGUUUCAGUAUACGGACCUCAACAACCCAGCACACCAGCAAGGCGAGGGACGUGGCGGGACACACUCACUGUAUGUCAGCGGCCACACUCUGCAGCAGGAACCUCAAUUCAGCAUUUUCGCGCCUCAGACGUUCCACCCGCUGUGACUCCUCCAGACGACCUGCACACACACACACACACACACACACACACACACACACACACACACACACACACACACACACACACACACACACAGAAUGUUAGAGAAGUGAGGGAAACGACAAACAUUGGGAGUGACUAUUACUUAUAUACUUGUACAAAUAAUAGAUUCAAGCUUGACAAAGUUUGAUUUUGAAUAGACAGGAAGGAAUAUAUUCUCAGAGCGGCAGAUGAAUGAAGACUCAAUAAUCAGGUUAUCAGUACUGAGGAAGCUUUAAAGGAUUAGACAGAUUAGGUAGAGUUCAAGUCGCAGUAAACUCUAGAUAAAACUUUUUUUUUUAUCGUGAUCUGUAUAGUGAAGGAAUCAAGAGUGAAACCAA